GACCGAACAUCUCAAGUUCAAUGCUUAUACUUUUGAAGAGCUUUCUGCCUCGACAGCUAAAACCUAAAGGCGAACCAACUUAAACCAAAUGAGGUUUUUAUGUUCUUAUUUCCUCAGACAACGAUGUUUCAUUGAACAUGCAAUCAGGAGCAGAGGGGCCGUGGCCAACAGACAUGGGGGAGAAUGAUCCAGAAGAAGAGCUGAGACUGAUCCUGAUUGGAAAGACGGGAUCUGGGAAGAGCUCCUCAGGGAACACCAUCCUGGGCCGGAGUCACUUCCUGUCCAGGUGUAGCGCCGGCUCUGUUACCAAGGUCUGCCAGCUGGGGACCUCUGACUACCCUGUGGAGGUGGAGGCGGGGAGGAGGAGCAGGAGGAGGAAGAGGGUGGUGGUGUUGGACAUGCCAGGUUUUGGAGACACACACCUGACCCAGGAGCAGAUCAUCACAGAGAUCAGUCGAUGCGUGGCCCUGACGGCCCCCGGCCCACACGCCUUCCUCUUGGUGGUCCAGGUGGGACGCUACACAGAGGAGGAGAACAUGGCCGUCACUAUGAUGGCUGCUGUAUUUGGAGAAGCGGCGGUCCGCAACCACACGGUGGUGCUGUUCACCAGGGGAGAUGACCUGGAGGAGCCGAUAGAGCAGUACCUGGCCAGCGCACCUGUGAGCCUCAAGGCUUUGAUUGACAGGUGUGGAGGCAGGUACCACCUUCUCAACAACCGGGCGCCAAGCGAUGUGCAGCAAGUUCACGAGCUACUAGGAAAGGUGGAGCAGGUUGUGGAGGACAACGGUGGAGGGUGUUACACCAACGCCAUGUACCGGGAGGCGGAGAUAGCAAUCAGAGAGGAGCAGGACAGGAUAAUGAGGGGGCGGGGCCAAGCAGAGGGCGAGGAAGAGGAAAUGAAGAUGUCUGAAUGGAGGAGGCGUGUCCUAGAGCGGGAUGGGGGGGCUGAUGACGGGGACGAGGUGUUUUGGACACAGACCGAGACGGCGGAGAGAAGAGGAGGUGCUCUCAGCUUCCUCAGGGAAAGAGGAGAGCGAUGGAGAGAUGGGUGGAGACGUAGAAGGAGGGGCGGUGGCCGGCCGAGGCCACGUGCUCCCUCUGCCCCCGGUAGGGGGUGGCGAAGCCAGGUGCCCCUUUCUCCCAGCGUGCUGCGGAGAGUGAAGGUGGUGGUGGCGGCGGUGGUCACUGGCCUGGUGGUAGGGGCUCUGUGUGGUGCGGCUGUCCCACUGGCAGCAGCAGCAGGGGCAGCCGUGGUGGGGAACGCAGCAGGUUUGGGUGUAGCUCAUCUGGCUGGGGCGACGGUAGGGUGGGUGGAGGCUAUCGGCGCCGUUGUAGCAACAGCCUCGGGACAGACGGCCGCGGGGGCCGCUAUCGGAGGCCUUGUGGGGGGCACUGUGGCCGCUGCGGCUGGGCUAGAAGCUGCCAGUCCUGGGGAAGGAGUUCAGUUAGCCCUGGGCCAGGUGGGCCUCCUGGGGGUAUCAGCUGUGGGGGUGGCUGCAGGGGUGGGGGGCGUCCUGGGAGCUGGGGCCGCCCUAGGGGCCACAGCCCUGCCUGGAGCCCAUGCUGCCGCUGCAGGGGCCGUAGUUAGAGCCGGGACCAGCGGGGCGGUGUGUGCUGCUUCAGGCCCCAGCUUGGUGUCUGCCUCCUGGGGAGGAGGGGGGGCCCGCGUCCUGGCUGCAGUAGCAGAGGUGGGCCAGGCGGCGGUGGGACUGGUGCUCGCUGGUGGUCUUGUGGUAAAGGUGUUCAAAGAAAAGGUUUGUAGCGGCGAAGGGACCAGGGAAGCUAGCUACACAGAGCGCAGGACGUAUGAAAUCCACUGGAACAAAUAA